GCUCUUUCUACGGGGCUCUUUUGGUGUGCCUUGGCUGCUGUCUGCCGCAGUGAAGCGUACCAGCACAAACGACUCACAGCCCCGCGGUUGUCCGUGAUGGAGACCUUGCCAUCGGCCGGCGGCCGCCUGGUAUCCUCGCAGGAGAGCCGCAAGCACUCCCUCGCCUCCCCAUCCCUCUCCAUCCCUUCCUCGUCUGCCCUGGCACACAGCCUGAUGCUGCUGUUCUUUAUCUACGCCGGCUACGUCCAGGGUAAUGACCCCGAUGGCGCAAUGUGGAUGGCUCUCUACAGCACUGCGGCUCUCGCGUGUGUGCUCCGGAUGGCCCGGUUGGACGGGCCCGCCCGGAUGCUCUCGGAUGUGGGCCUCAUCUCUGCCUUAUCUCUUCUCGCCCUGACCUCCUACAGCGCUCCCGUGUCUUCUUGGUUCGACUUUGCCCUCGAGAGCGGCCGUGAGCAAGGCGGCUCGCUGAUCAUGGUGAUAUGGGCGGUGACGACGACACGCGGCCUCAGCAGGGGGGAGGGGGAAGGCGUCUGCCGCAAGUGUUUCCCCGUGGCGGCGGUGCUCUUCCCAUUGGCGGUGCUGGUGGCUGCGUACGCCAUUCCCAAGGUCAUGGUGGGUGUGGACACGCCGGACCACUGCAAGGGCCUCGGCGUGCAGUUCUACGCCCACACCGAGAGGCGGCUGCCUGUGGAGCAGCACCUGUUUGUGCCUACCACACAUGCCCAUGUGACCAAUUAAAUGUGUAAUUAGAUGGAUGGCACCUAGUGCACUAUAUGUGUCCUGGGUUUUGACGAGCACAGGGGCUAUACGGACAAUUAAGACAGAUCGCAAUACGACGAACGAAGUGAUAUGUAAUUCGACAUGACCUUCACUCAUAUGUCAAUGUAUUUUUAAGUCAUAGGCUUGUGAGCACUGCCCUGUGUGCGUGUGCAUAAUUACUUCUUAUAUAGCCUACCUGCCUGACCGACUUGAUCGUCUAUUGCAUGCAAUUCAGCUUUCCGCGUGUGUGUAUGUGUGUAUAUGUGUGUAUACGUGUGUAUGUGUGUGUGUAUGUCUCUGUGAUUGAUCAGUGCCCCGAGGCAGCGAGGCCUCUCCAAUCUGUCUUGUCCAUCCUCUACCACUACCACUGGAUGGAUUGACCGGUAGGUAUCGAUACAGAUGGAGCGAGAGAGGUCCACGACCCGCUAAUCGCGUCCGUGCAUGUUGUGCAUGUGUGUGUGUGUGUGCGUUGACACCUAUGCUUGUCCGGCCUGACUGACAGUGAGGGAUGGUGAGAACGCAGCAAUUGCAAUUCAGUCAUGCCGGACUGCUUUCUGCGGCAAAAUCAUGAUUGAUUAAAAGCGACAGUGUCAC